GCCUGGCGUCACCGACCGGUGCGGACAGGAAGAGGCUCUAGGCUGGCACAUGUGUAUGGCGGCGAGGAGGGCGGGUACAUGGCGGGCUCUGUGGGACUGGCGUUGUGCGGACAGACACUGGUGGUGCGGGGCGGCAGCCGAUUCCUGGCCACCUCCACAGCAAGCAGUGAUGAUGACAGCCUCUUCAUCUAUGACUGCAGUGCUGCAGAAAAGAAGUCACAAGAAAAUAAAGGGGAGGACGCGCCCUUGGACCAGGGGAGCGUUGUGAUUCUGGCGUCCACCUUCUCCAAGUCUGGCAGCUAUUUUGCUUUAACCGAUGACAGUAAGCGUCUGAUUCUUUUCCGUACAAAACCAUGGCAAUGUCUGAGUGUCAGGACCGUGGCAAGGAGGUGUACAGCCCUGACCUUCAUAGCCUCUGAGGAGAAGGUCUUGGUGGCCGACAAGUCUGGAGACGUCUACUCCUUUUCGGUGCUGGAGCCACACGGGUGUGGCCAUCUAGAGCUGGGGCACCUGUCUAUGCUGUUAGAUGUGGCUGUGAGUCCUGAUGACUGCUUCAUCCUCACUGCCGACCGGGACGAGAAGAUCCGAGUCAGCUGGGCCGCGGCGCCCCACAGCAUUGAGUCCUUCUGCUUGGGGCACACAGAGUUUGUGAGCCGCAUCUCCGUGGUGCCAACUCAGCCCGGGCUGCUUCUGUCCUCCUCUGGGGAUGGCACCCUGAGGCUCUGGGAGUACAGGAGCGGCCGCCAGCUGCACUGCUGUCACCUGGCCAGUCUGCAGGAGCUGGUGGACCCGCAGGCCCCCCAGAGGUUUGCCGCGUCCAGGAUUGCGUUCUGGUGCCAGGAUAACUGCGUGGCUCUCCUGUGCGACGGCACUCCUGUGGUCUACAUCUUCCAGCUGGACGCUUGCAGACAGCAGUUGGUGUAUAGGCAGCAGCUGGCGUUCCAGCACCAAGUGUGGGAUGUGGCUUUCGAGGAGACCCAGGGGCUGUGGGUGCUCCAGGACUGCCAGGAAGCCCCCCUGGUGCUCUACAGGCCUGUGGGCGACCAGUGGCAGUCUGUUCCUGAGAGCGCCGUGUUAAAGAAAGUCUCUGGUGUUCUUCGUGGGAACUGGGCCAUGCUGGAAGCUGCAGGAAGGAGAGCAGCCAGGCUGAGGGAGGAGCUAGACGAACAUUUUCUACCCUGCCUUCUGAGGACACGACACACCGUAGUUCUGGGUGCGUCAUUGUGCCAGCACUGCACAGUCUUGGAGGCGAUGGUGUCUGCAGGAUGGAUUAGCCCAGCCCGGAAUCCAGGAGCCAGUCCUCAGGUCCAGCCAGGGUGUGGGUCCCAGGAGGUGGGCACCGUGGGGAGCCAUCCCAGAAGGCGCCCUCCACGGUCCACCGAGGACUCCGGGAAUCAAGAGGUAACUCCCUGCUGCAGGGGGCCCGCUGUAGUGGCCGAGUCCCAUGUUCCUGCCCCACGUGGCACCUGCCCUUGUUCCCCCAUCACAGGCUCUGCCGGCGCAGACGCCAGCUUCAGCAGUCUCUACAAGGCCACAUUUGACAACAUGACCUCCUACCUAAAGAAGAAAGAGGAGAGACUGCAGCAGCAGCUAGAGAAGAAGCAGCGGCACCGGAGUCCCCCGCCUGGGCCCAACGGGCAUGCCAAGAAGAUGAGGCCGGGGGAGGCGACGUUGAGUUGCUGAUCGUGGCGAUCAGUGGUGCCUGUCACCUCAAAUCAGGAAAAGCUUUUUGUUCCCCUGCAUCCUGGCAUGUCCCUUCAAGAAGGAAAAGGUGACGUCAGUUGUGACCAGCUCAGAGGACAGGACUGUCCUCUGGGCUCUAGAAAGAAUAUUCUGUGUCACCAGCACAGGCUCUUGCUGGGUGCCUGUGCCCCCUUUCUGGUUGAAGGGAAGCCAGACCAGUGGAGUGGAAGCUCUUGAAGCACUUUCUUUUCAUGUUGGAGGCUGCGUGUCAGCCUGUGGUGGCAGCAGCUGUGUUUCUGCUGUUCUCAUACCGCCCUUCAUGUCCGCUGCGUCUUCCUCUAGGAGCGUCUGUGGGCUGACGUUUCUGGCAUGGUGGACGUUUUCAUGUUGUUCCCGCUGUCCCAGUGUCCAGGUGAUGUGCUGCCCCGCAGUAGCUGCUCGCCACACAGGCUGUUGAAACUCAGCACGAAUGCUUCAGCCCACCCCAGCCCCAGCCAUACCCCUUGUGCUCAGGAGCUGCUCCUGGAGAGUGGCUGCCUUGUGGGAAGUGAGAAACACGUUUCGGAGUCGCAGGGAGCUCUGUCCAGCAUCGGUGGUGCAGACGGUGAACUUGUUUCAGGAAGUGUGAGCACACAGGCCUGGCUGGCACUCGGUUUACAGGGAGGUGAUUGAGGAUGUUGUUAUGAUUUGAUUUGGCUUUGGCACACACUCCAGAGCCACAGGGAUGUUGCUGAAUUUCAAUCACCAAUUAGCAAGGAUGAACCUUCGCAACCUCCUAGGAAUGUUUAGCAGCAACGUAAUAUACCAGGCAAAACACCUUGGUUCGUGCACUGUGUGUGAGUGAGGUGCGCGCCGCGUGAUCGCACGCUGUGUGAGGUGCGCGCCGCGUGAUCGCGCGCUGUGUGUGAGUGAGGUGUGCACCGCGUGAUCGCGUGCUGUGAGUGAGGUGCACGCCGCGUGAUCGCACACUGUGUGAGUGAGGUGUGCGCCGCGUGAUCACGUGCUGUGUGUGAGUGAGGUGCGUGCCGCGUGAUCACGUGCUGUGUGUGAGUGAGGUGCGCGCUGUGUGAUUUGGGAAGAGCCUUCUGCAAUGGGCAGGCUUCUGGGUACAUCACUUAAUUCGUUCGGGCCGGCUCCUGAUGAAGUCUCCACACAGGAACAGGUUCAUGCUGGCGAUGACUUUGAUGUGGGGUAUCUCUGGGGACUCACUCAGAAUCCUUUUGUGUAUCAAAAGCUGGAAUGCUUCAAAUUUUUCAUAAGUGCCUUGUUUUCCUUUUGACAUUGAUCUGGAAACAGUGCUGUCUGCAACGCUGAGGCCUACUCCUCUCUGCUGGGGAUUGGGGGUUUCAGAAGGCAGGGGCCACGCUGGGCCACUGUCCUGUACAAGCAGCCUGGCCUCCUUCACGCUGCCAGGGCAUCUGGCGCAGGGCAUGCUCUCUCGUUCAUAGUCUGCUUUGAAAGUCUUGGUUUUAGGAGAGGUUCAGGUUGGUCUUGCUGGCAUCUUCACCUAAAAUAGGGUCCGGCAGACAGGCCCAUGUGCUGCAUCCUGCCCAUGGCCUGAUAGAUGGCCUGUGAAUGGCUUUUUUACAUUUUAAAAAUGGUUGAAAACAAAUUAAAAAUAUAUUUCAUGACAUGAAAAUCAUGAAAUUCACAUUUCAUUGUCUGAGAAUAAACUUUUAUGGAUGCAGCCA